CCAAGUGAUAUUGUCAUUCAGCGACGUGUUGAUGGUUCAGAGGAUUUCUUUCGUCCCUGGGCUGAUUAUAAGUAGGGAUUUGGUAAUAGUUCAGGAGAAUUUUUCAUUGGCCUGGAUAAGUUAAACAAACUUACCAAUUCCCGUCCUUAUGAGUUACUCAUUGUUAUGGAAGAUUGGGAAAAUGAUUGCCGUUAUGCGCGUUAUGAUCAAUUUAUAAUUGGCACAGAAGCUGAAAAAUAUGUGCUCAAGGAAUUAGGUAAAUAUAGUGGUUCGGCGGGUGAUGCUUUGGGUUAUUCGCUGGGUCAGAAAUUCACGACCAAAGAUCAAGAUAAUGAUGUUUGGAAUAAAAAUUGUGCUGUUGAAUUUACCGGGGCAUGGUGGUAUAAGGAUUGCCACAGAAGUAAUCUCAAUGGACGUUAUAUUAAAGGCGGCAAAACCACUGUUUUUGCCCAGGGCGUUGAUUGGGAUCCAUUCAAGGGGCAUUAUUAUUCUUUGAAAUUUGUUGAAAUGAUUUUGCGUCCAACUUAA